AUGUCUCUUCACUCUCCAUUGAUUGUUGAAGAAACAAAACAAAACAGCAAGGAAGAAGAUAGAAGAGAAUUGAUUGAAGAAGUGAAAAAGCAGUUAUGGCUAUCAGGACCGUUAGUUUCAGUUUCACUUUUGAAUUUUGGUAUCGAUCUUAUUUCUGUUAUGUUUGUUGGUCAUCUUGGUGUGUUAGCUCUUUCUGGUGCUUCCAUGGCUACUUCUUUUGCUACUGUCAUUGGCUACAGUUUAUUGGAAGGAGUGGCAAGCGCAUUGGACACAUUAUGUGGACAAUCAUAUGGCGCAAAGCAGUACCGCAUGUUAGGUGUACACACGCAGAGAGCAAUGUUCAUUCUCAUGAUUGUCACGAUUCCCCUUGCGAUUAUUUUCACAAAUACAAGAUCCAUUUUCAUUUUACUCGGCCAAGAUCCUGAAAUAUCGACGGAGGCAGGAAACUAUGCUAAGUUAAUGGUUCCAAGCCUUUUUGCUUAUGGUCCUCUACAAUGCCUCAAUAGAUUCUUACAAACACAAAAUAUUGUAUUUCCAAUGAUGUUUAGCUCUGCGGUUACGACAUUACUUCAUAUUCCUCUAUGUUGGAUUAUGGUAUACAAGUCUGGCUUAGGUAGCAAAGGGGCUGCCAUAGCAAUUUCAAUGUCUGAAUGGUUGAAUGUUAUUAUACUCUCACUUUAUAUCAAGUUUUCUUCUUCAUGUAAAAAUACUUGGCAUGGAUUUUCCAAGGAGGCUCUAACACUUAACAACAUCUCUAUUUUCUUGAAGCUUGCUAUUCCUUCAACUGUAAUGGUUUGCUUGGAAAUAUGGUCAUUUGAAUUAAUGGUUCUCCUUUCUGGUCUUCUUCCAAAUCCAAAGUUAGAAACAUCAGUGCUUUCUAUUUGUUUGAAUACAGAAGCAGCUAUUUGGAUGAUCCCAUUUGGACUUAGUGGAGCAAUAAGCAUUCGUGUUUCGAAUGAACUCGGGGCUGGUAAUCCACAGGCCGCACGUUUGGCAGUUUGUGUUGUUAUGGUGAUUACCAUUAUUGAGAGCAUUUUAGUGGGAGCAGUGAUGUUUCUUACACGCAAUAUAUUGGGUUAUGCUUAUAGUAAUGAAGAACAAGUUGUCAAAUACAUUGCAACUUUAUUGCCCAUUCUUGCUGUAACCCACUUUCUCGAUGGGUUACAAUGUGUUCUUUCAGGCACUGCUAGAGGAUGUGGUCGCCAGGAAAUUGGUGUUUAUGUUAAUCUCGGAGCAUAUUAUUUAGUCGGGGUUCCCGCGGCCGUUGUAUUAGCUUUUGUAUUGCAUGUUGGUGGAAAGGGGCUAUUCCUUGGGAUUAUAUGUGCACUCAUUGUUCAAGUAUUUGCUCUAAUGAUUAUUACAAUACGCACUGAUUGGAAGAAAGAGACAAAGAAGGUUUCUGAUAGAGUUAAUGAUUAUAUAACAACGGAGAGUUUAAUCUCAUGA